AUGGACGAGACUCUGCGAUUUCUCCUGGAUGUCAUUGGCAAACUUAUUGCCCUCGCCCUCGUGAUCAGCUCUCUGGUCUUGCUGUGCUUGUUGGGCAAGAAGCUUCUGGCGACCGAGGACGCCAGUCGUGGUCAGGCGGAUGGGGCCCCUCCCAGCAGGCCUCCAGAGAAGGGCUACGAACCCCUGAUGAACCCCUGA